UUGGUCACAAGGAUUGAUGAUGAUAUUCAGAUUGGAUUCGCUCACCUGCCACAGCCUGGUAGCGACGCCAGCUUUGAGAUCAUCAGACAAUGGCUGCGAUGUUGCGAUACAAGCCAUGAGGGAAAAUGCCCUCCAACCGCGAAGCGAGACAGUGUGAUGCCCACUCGAGUGAUUGAUGUUGGGACCGAAGGGGACCAUUCGGUUCGCCUAUUCGAGACCCAAGGGGCCCGAGGUAAAUGGAUUGCUCUCUCCCACCAGUGGGGGAUAGCUGAUCACUUCUGCACAACGCCUGAGAACAAGGUGAAGCAUAUGGGUGGCAUUGAAGAUGAAAGCCUCCCUGCUACAUUCAGAGACGCCGUCAAAAUAACUCGCGCCCUGGGAUGCCGGCACUUGUGGAUUGACUCAGUUUGCAUCAUCCAAGGACGCAAAGGAGACUUCAGCUCCGAAGCAAAGCGGAUGGAGCAAGUUUAUAGCGGCGCAUACUGUGUGCUAGCGACAAGCCGAAAACCAGGGCACAACGCAGGGAUUUUACAGGAUCGUGAAGAAAGAGACGUUCUGGCCUUGCAGGGUCAAGAACAGUCUGGUUCAUUUUAUUUAUCCCAAAACAUUGACGACUUUGACGUUCAUGUCUUGAAAGGUGCGCUUAAUCAAAGGGGCUGGGUGCUUCAGGAGCACGCGCUGGCUCGACGAACUGUUUACUUCACGGAUUACCAAAUGUACUUUGAAUGUGGGCAGGGUGUCAGGAGUGAGACUAUGUCCAGAAUGACCAAUGAGACCGCCUCCUUCCUUGGCGAUCCCAACUUUCCCCAAGUCAUCAUGUCGGCAGACAAAGGGGAAAGAAUCCUCCUUUACCAAGACCUCUACACCAAGUAUUCUCGCCUGGGACUAAGUCGCCCCGCUGAUAGAGCUGUGGCUAUUGGGGGGCUAGAAGAACGGAUUCUAGCAAAACUCAAUGUUUCCGGAGGCUGGGGUGUUCUGGACGAUUCACAGGACACUAGGGGACAAAAUGGCCUCCUUCGACGAAGCUUGCUUUGGCGUCGGGGCGAGGAAGUGAGUGAGCUGUCCUCUAUCCCUUUUACCAAAAAGGCCGGCUAUCCCGAUGUGCCAUCAUGGUCAUGGAUGGCAUACGAAGGGGGAAUCAACUACAUUGAACCAGACUUUGGAGCUACGCACUGGGAAAAAUUACGAUCACCAUGGUCGUCAGCGGGACGAAACCUAAGCUACCAAGACGAUGAUACCCAUCCUCCUGCAUUGGGAGCGAAGGUUAGAGAUUACAAUGCAGAGCGUAUUGAUGGUAGUCAAGGGCACUUCAUCGUACUUGACUCCCCCGAAAGAUCGAAAGACCUUAUCACAAGGUGUGUCAUACUUGGACAACCCAGGAGCAGGAAAUUUCAGCAAAAACGGUACGUUUUAAUAGUUACGGCUACCACCGACAAGGAUGAAAAUGGAAAAGCAGUUUAUCGCCGAGCCGGGGCUGGAGUUAUACCCGCUGGGUGUAUUACAGGAGAUGGCGAUAAUGUUAGCAUAUGG